AUGGCACUGUCACUGUCAAGGAGAGACCGUCUUCUCGAGAUCGAGGUAGAAGUACGUAAAUGGUGGGAAGAUGAGGACGUAUUCAGGGCUGAAUCACGCAAGGAACUUGCAAAGAAACCUGGAGAAAAGUUCUUCUCAACUUUCCCUUUCCCUUAUAUGAAUGGUUAUCUACAUAUUGGGCAUGCCUUCUCACUCUCCAAGGUUGAUUUUGCUUCUGCUUAUCAUAGACUGAGAGGUGCUAACGUGCUUCUUCCGUUUGGUUUCCACUGUACUGGUGCUUCUGCGGAUAAGCUGUCUCGUGAAUGGUUUCCUCCAUUGGCUGUUGAAGACCUCAGGGCAUAUGGAUUGGGUUGUGACUGGAGAUGGUCAUUCGUUACAACUGAUGUGAAUCCCUUUUUCGAUUCCUUUGUGAGGUGGCAGAUGAGGAAGUUGAAAGCUAUGGGAAAGAUUGUCAAAGACCUUAGGUACACGAUCUUCUCGCCUUUAGAUGACCAGCCUUGUGGUGAUCACGAACGUGUUACUGGUGAAGGUGUUGAGCCUCUAGAGUAUACUCUUAUUAAGAUGGAAGUAUUGAAGCUGUUUCCUCUGAAACUGGGUCCUUUGGAAGGGAAGAAAGUGUUUUUGGCUGCAGCUACUUUGAGGCCUGAGACCAUGUAUGGACAAACAAACGCAUGGGUAUUGCCUGAUGGGAAAUAUGGAGCUUAUGAAAUCAAUGAAACAGGUGAUGAUGUCUUCAUCCUUACAGAGAGAGCUGCACUCAACCUUUCCUACCAGAACUUGUCAAAGAUCCCUCAGAGGCCUUCCUGCUUGGUUGAGUUGACCGGUUAUGAUCUGAUUGGCCUCCCUCUGAGGUCUCCUCUGGCGGUGAACGAGAUCAUCUAUGCUCUUCCCAUGUUAACCAUUCUGACCAACAAAGGUACUGGCAUCGUCACCAGCGUGCCUAGUGUUGCCCCUGAUGAUUACAUGGCUUUACAUGAUCUUAAUGCAAAGCCUAAGCUUCGAGCAAAGUAUGGUGUGAAAGAUGAGUGGAUACCCUCUGAUGUUGUGCCGAUUAUCAACAUUCCGGAGUUUGGGGAUAAGGCUGCCGAGAAAGUCUGCUUGGAUCUGAGAAUCAAGAGUCAAAAGGACAAGGCAAAGCUCGCAGAGGCUGAGAGGUUGACGAACCUGAAAGGAUUCACCGAAGGAACAAUGCUUGUUGGAGAGUUUGUUGGUAGGAAAGUUGAAGAAGUCAAGCCCAUUAUCAAGUUAAAGCUCUUAGCCUCUGGCGAGGCAGUUAUAUACAGUGAACCCGAGAAGCCGGUGAUGUCAAGGUCGGGUGAUGAAUGUGUCGUGGCCCUUACAGAUCAGUGGUACAUAACGUACGGCGAGUCAGAAUGGCGUAAAAUGGCUGAGGAUUGCUUAUCAAACAUGAAUCUCUACUCUGAAGAAACAAGGCAUGGCUUUGAGCACACUUUGAGCUGGCUCAAUCAGUGGCCUUGCUCACGGUCUUGUGGUCUUGGAACUCUUAUUCCAUGGGAUGAAGAGUUCCUUGUGGAAUCCUUAUCUGAUUCCUCUCUUUACAUGGCCUAUUACACAGUUGCUCAUUUCUUCCACGAUGGAGACAUGUAUGAAGGCAGCAAGUCUUUGAUCCGCCCUCAGCAGAUGAAUGCUGAAGUUUGGGAGUAUCUCUUCUGUGAUGGUCAGUACCCAAAAUCAUCAGACAUUCCUUCUGAUGUUUUGAGUAAGAUGAAGCAGGAGUUUGACUACUGGUACCCGCUGGAUCUUCGAGUUUCAGGAAAGGAACUUAUCAAGAACCAUUUGACGUUUUUCAUCUACAACCACACUGCACUAAUGGCGAGACGUAACUGGCCACGCGGCAUCAGAUGCAACGGUCACAUUACCCUCAACUCUGAGAAAAUGUCAGAGUCAACCGGCAAUUUCAGAACCCUGCGUGAGGCCAUGGAAGAAUUCUCUGCUACUGGUACAAGGUUUUCUUUGGCUGAUGCAGGUGGUGGCGUCGACGAUGCGGAUUUCUCAUAUGAAACUGCAAACGCUGCGUUUCUGCGUCUGACAAAGGAGCUCACAUGGAUGGAACAAGUUAUGGCUGCUGGUGAAUUCUCUCUGAGAACAGGCCCUCCAUCUACAUAUGCUGAUAAAGUGUUUGAAAACGACAUGAACAUUGCUAUCAGAUUGACUGAAAAAGCCUACAAAGAUUGUUUGUUUAAGGAGGCACUUAAGAAUGGGUUUUACGAAUUGCAAGCUGCUCGAGAUGAGUAUAAACUCUCUUGCGGCAGUGGCGGCAUGAACCAUGACUUGAUACUGCGCUUUAUGGAUGUGCAAACACGCCUCAUUGAACCAAUCUGUCCCCAGUUUGCAGAAUAUGUGUGGAGGAAAGUUUUGAAGAAACAAGGCUGUGUGGUAACGGCAGGCUGGCCAGCAUCAAACGAGCCAGAUUUGGUUCUGCAAGCUGCUAACAAAUAUUUGCAAGAUUCUAUCGUUCUGAACCAGCUAACACGUUGUUUUGCACCUGAUGCAGAGAUACACGCAGAACUAGCGGAGGUAUUGCAUUGGGAUAGACAAUCAGAAAACUUCAAGGAGAUUCAGAAGCUCUGCAUGCCUUUCCUUAAACACAAGAAGGACGAGGCGAUAGCUCUUGGCGCCCAGGCUUUAAACUUGAGGCUACCUUUUGAAGAGAUUCAAGUCCUUGAGAGUAACUUGGACUUGAUCAAGCGGCAGCUUCGUCUUGAAGAGGUUGAAAUAUACUCUGCAAGUGACCCUAAUGGUGUUGCUAAAGCUGGUCCACGUGCUUUGCUCCUGACGCAGAAUCCUCCAUCUCCGGGCAGUCCAACCGUCUUCUUUGUCAACAGCUAA